CAAAAAUUCAUCAUUCAAUUCGUUUAAAUGGAGCUGCUGGUAAAAAUUUUCGGCUUUCUCUUGGUAGCUUAUUGCUAUGCUGUAGAAGGAUUUCCUUCUCCGGAUAAGGUGUACACCAUUCGAAACACAAUCGACAAUGGGUUUGUCAAACCUCGUGGGUCAGGUGAAAUGUGUACACAGCUUAGCGCUCUGACUUGCGGUUAUCGACUUAUUCCACCUUAUGAAGACCAAUACAAAUGGACUGUAUCGGCCCCAAACAAUUACUCGGUGGGAAUCAACAUUUUCUCGAAACGUCAAGAAUCAGGCUAUUCAAUUAAUAACCUCUCGUUUGAGGACUUCCCCCCAUACUGCUACCUAAUUUACAGAAAUUUGAACCUGAUAUCGACUGAAAACGCUGGUUCGUAUAUGAUUCAAAGUGUGCAGACGGGACGUUGUCUUACGUCGUAUGGGUCGGAACUUGGGUCACUCUUGUGGUAUCAAUGUGGAGCAGAUCUGGCGCAACAAGAAUGGGCUUUCAUUGAAACGCAAUAGUACAAAAUUAGCAAACUAUACAUAAGUGCAUAGUGAAUGCUGGUAUGUACAUAUCACAUUCAAUAUAACUUGAAUAAACUAAUUUAAAUUCAA